AUGAUUAAUAUUAAUGUGGGAGUGCUGGGACAUGUCGACUCAGGAAAAACAAGCUUGGCAAAAGUUUUAAGCACCAUUGCUAGUACUAGCGCAUUUGAUAAAAAUCCUCAAAGUAAGAAACGAGGUAUCACACUUGAUCUUGGAUUUUCUUCAUUUAUCGUGAAUUCGGCGAGCUACCCCUUUGUAUCUUCGAUUCGUGAGAACUUUGAAAGGGUUCAGUUCACUCUUGUCGACUGUCCUGGACAUGGGUCACUUAUAAGAACGGUUCUAUGCGGUUCUCAAAUCAUUGAUAUCGUCAUUCUUGUUGUUGAUGUCACUAAGGGUUUUCAAACUCAAACUGCUGAGUGUCUGGUGAUUGGUGAGAUAACUUGUGAGAAAAUGUUAGUAGUCCUCAAUAAGUGUGAUUUAUUACCCGAAAAUCAAAGACAUGAAUCGAUUCAGAAGAUGAAAAAGCGUAUUUUAAAAACGCUGGAGAGUACAAUUUUCAAACAAUCAGAGAUUGCAGAAAUUUCAGCUGCUCCUGGUGGUGUUCAGGUAGAAUUUACACCUGAACAACGUGCAAAUAAUUCACAUGAAAUUGAAAAUCUUAUCACUUUACUAGCUCGUUCAAUACAUGAUCCAACUGAGAAACGUAGAAAGCUGAAAGAUAUGAGUUUUGUGUUUGCUGUAGAUCAUUGUUUUACAAUUACUGGACAAGGUACCAUUCUUACUGGGACUGUAUUGUCUGGAAGUACAAGUGUUGGUCAAACAAUAGGUUUACCUUAUCAACGUAUUCAAAAGAAAAUUAAAUCGAUUCAACAAUUUCGUCAACCAAUUCAAUCUAUUGGACCAGGUGAUCGUGCUGGUAUUUGUGUACCACAAUUAGAUUCCAAUUUAUUAGAACGUGGUCUUGUUGGAGAUUUAACUACAACGGACAAUUUAACACCAUGCUAUGCGUGUAUAUUAAAUUGUGUUAAAAAAAUCAAUUAUUUUAAAUCAUCAGUGAAAAGUCAAUCACGUUUACAUAUUUUUAUUGGUCAAGAAACUGUAUUGAGUAAUUUAAUAUUUUUCAGUAAAAUCACAUCGUCAAAUAAUUUCAUGUCUAAUAGUAAUCAUUUAAAUAAUGAUAAUCUACAAAAUGGUUGUGAAUUUAAUCAAACUCUUAUGUAUCAAUAUGUUGAUGAGAUUCCAGAUGAAACAGAUAAUAAUCUUUAUUUAUUAUUGGAAUUUGAACAUCCAGUUAUUUGUCCAAUGAAUGGAUUAGUUAUUGGCGCGAAAUUAGAUACAUAUUCAAUAACUAGUUGUCGCAUCGCAUUACAUGGUCGUGUUUUAGUACAAUUAAAUGAUUUAAAUUAUAAAUCAAAUUAUUUAAGUAAAUUACUUGUAUGUAAAUCGAAAAUUCGUCGUGGUCAAUUAGAACGUAUUGUUAAUUCACGAACAUGUAUUGUACAGGGUUUAUUUAAACGUGAAACAAAUUGGGAAAUAUUUAUUGGUCUACGUGCUUAUGUAAUUAUUAAAUCAUCCUCAUCAACAGCUGCAGCAUCAGGAACAGGAGAUAAUAAUCUGAAUGAUAUUCAACGUAUAAAUGGUUAUAUUGAAUCAAGUUUUGGUCAAAGUGGAAAAUGUCGUUUAGCUUUAGAAAAUGAUCUUCCUGAUGAAGUACUAGCACAGUAUUCAUCAAAAUCUGGUCGUAAACAAACAUCACAAUUAGAUAUUGAAGUUAUAUUGGAAUUCAAGAAAAGUGUAUUUGAUUCAAAACGUCGUAUUAUCCAGUAA